AUGAAAAAGUAUUGGUUUUACAUUUCAGCUUUUUAUUUAUCUUUUAACAUACUAUCAAAAUGUAAAGAAUUAGAGAAUAAAAAUUUUCAACCUUUGGUUGGCUACAAACGGGAUGACAGCGCAGGGAAUGAUUUUAAAAACAGAGAAGCGGAAGGGAAUCAUCAUGUCAAAAUUAAAAACGGGUCUAAUUACAAUGAAUACUCUUUUUUAUCGUUAAAGGGUGGUUCUAUAUUUAACCAGUAUUAUGUGGCCAAGUUAAUCAAUACUAUACUGUAUAGGGGACUGCUCAUAAAGGGCGAGUUUCACAAGAAUGUUGCCAUUUAUGAGUCUCUCUCUCGUACCAACUACUUUUUCUACCUAACUGUAAUGAAUCAGAAAAAUGUGAGGAGCAUUGUCAGAUUGAUAUCUAGGGCACACGAUUCAAGAAAAAAACACGACGUGUUCAGAAAGCAGCUGAUAGCCAACUUUGACAGCCCCCCGUUCCCACUGGACAAUGCUUUUAAAAAUGAAAUGGACCACGCGCUAAUGAUAUACAAGAAAGCGAAAACUGACGCAUACUGGGGCAUGGUCGACGGAUUAAAAAACGAUGGGCUCCUCCUAGCAAGAACCUUUAUGUCCGUGUCCUUUGUCCAAAGUCUGAGAGGAAUUAUUGGAGUUAUAAAUUACGAAUUGAUAGAUCUGUGUUUUUCAAAAGCCUAUCUGUACAACAACAUCGCCUCUUUUGAUAAGCUCUUAAUGAACAACACUUACGGGGUUAUCAUGUCUUAUGUGUUCAAGUCGCUGUUGCUAUUUUUCUACCCCCUCGUGAUUCCUUUCCGUGGAGCCUUUUCCUUUGCUCUAUCCUCCUUCUGCAUUACGCAGUUGAGCAAAAUAGUUUUUCUAAUCUACAGAAAUAUCAAACGGCUGGUUCGAAUAUCCUACAGGAAGUUGUAUAGCACCAUUUUGAAGUUCAACGUGUUGAAGUUCCCGGAACUGGAGCCGUACGCCUCGAAACUGCUAUACGGAGACGCCUUAAUCUUAGUGUCGAAAAUUUGGAAAUUAUCUUACGUAAAUGUCACGCAGCAUUUGUCCGGAAAAAAUUUAACCCCCAUUUUGAACAACCUGUUCGAUAAAAACCUUGGCACGGGAUUUUUUGAGUUCAGCAAUUCUCUCUUUAAAUAUGUCAUAGAUUCCAUGGAGGGCAUGCAGUUAAUAAGUAGACAACACUUAGCACCGUCCCUACAUCAUUACUACCUUCCAACAUUACAACUAACCCACGUCAUAACAUUCUACAACGCGCAGACCAAAGAGGCGGACCUCGAUAAGGAAGCCCAGUACAACACGCAGACCUUCAAGAGGAUCCUGAUGAUCCUGAAAAUCACGAGAAAAGUGCUUUACUAUGAAGAGUCCUACAUGCGACUAGCCGUGGCUAAUCUUCUAACAAAAAUUUACACGCUGCUCUUCGUGAACGUAAAUUAUAUCAGUAAAAUGCCCCCCAAGGAAUUCUUUAACGCUGAUGUAGAGUCAGAAUUUAGAUACAUUUAUGAGGAUCAAGUGUAUGAAAUGUUCUUACAAAGAAUCUCUUCCGAUAUUAUGAGAAAACCUUUUUUAAAAAGAAACAUUAAAAGAAUCAAUAGAGGCAGUAUAGAAUUUACUCUGUCCCUUAUUAAGAUAAAACUUCUCCACUAUAAACCCUCGCUAAAGUUCCCUUACGCCAGCUUAUACUUCGAUGAGCCUUUAAAAAAGCAGUUAAAUGCAUCCAUGAAAUUGAUCAUUAUAGGAUCAACAGGAAUUAUAGCCAACCUUGUAAAUUACGGAGAAAAAUAUGAAAUACUUAAAAAAUGCCCCCUAGAAAUAGCUAAAAAUUUGAACCAAAUAUGUAAUUACAGCACCUUUGACGUGAAGAAAAUGCUUUUCCCAUUGAACAUUUUUAUCAAUCUGUUAAUUCCCCUCUUCUUAAAUUACAACGAUAUUCUGAUAAACAAAGAUAUUAUAGAACAUAUGAUCAGUUUUUUUAAGGUCAUUUUGGAUUCCAAAGAUUUAUACCUUUAUCAAUACUUAAAAAAUGUGGUAGACACUAUAAAAAAAACGGAAGGUGUAGAUUUGGAACAAGUAAAUUACGACGAGGAAAUUGAAAAAGUUGUUUUGGAAGAAAUUCAUAAAGUGAUAGACGAAGUAAAUAAUGAAAAGAACAGUUCUCUCGUUUUUAGUAAUUAUUCCAUGAAAAACAACGAUCUCUAUCUGCACAAUAAGGAUGGACAAUUGUUUAAAUUUCUGUUCAAAGAUAGCUACAAAAAAGAGUCCUUUUCUAGACUUGUACAUAUGCACGAUUAUAGAAACCCUUUAUCCUUUCAAGUCCCAUUAAUUAAAUUUGAGCCUUCCAACAGGAACGAUGGAAAUUUGCUUGUGGGCUCAUUUUUGGACAAAUUUGAAGGAAAGUUGACUGGAUGCUAUAUGUGCCUAAAGGAGGACGACGAUGUUUUGGUGGUGGACUUGAUUCACCACGUUUUGUGGGCCUCAGGGGUCGAUCGCUUUAGCGCCUACAUUUUCUCCUCCAUGAUCGGAGCGGUGAAGCAGUACUUCCACCAAGGAGUCUCCUGGAACAGAGCCCUCCUAAGCAUGGUUCCUACCGAGUUUUAUGAAGUGCACAGGUUGUUCAUGGAAAAAACUCCACACCCGAAGGAUAGGUCUGAAAACAUAUUUAUAAGGCGAAUCAGAAAAUAUAGAUUCAAUCUAAACCAGACAACCUUCUCUAAAAUGUUUAAAGUAUUUUUGGAAAAUGUGUUAAAUAAGGUAAACUUUUUCAACACGGAAGAGGCUACAAUCAUUGUGAUGAUGUCUGCACUAUAUUCCCUCUAUAAGAAUAUUGAAAAGCACGAAAUUCCUACAAGCGAAACGUACAAACUCUAUCAGCAGAAACUGAUAGAGGUCUACUACAAGGUUGAAUACUACGCCCACAACUAUGAGACGCACACCAUGCACAUGCUCGAGGAGAAGCAAAAGGAGUAUGCCACGGAGGACGAAAGCGAAGGCGAAAAUAAGAACGAUAAGAAUAAGAAGGGUGGAACGGUCAGUCCUUCUGAGCAGUCCCAUGGUAAAGAAGGGGAAAAACCUCCAAAACCGCAAAACGAGGAAGUGCAGAUCGAACUACCCCUAGAUGAUGAGCUUGUGCAAAAAACCAAGGCCUUCCAACAAGAAGUAGAAUCGAGAAAAGAAGAGAGGUACAAAAUUAUAGAUGAAAUAGAAUCAAAACAUGGGGAAUUGCCAAAUAGGAAAAAAUUCCCCCAUUUGCCCACAAAAUGUUUGUUCCUUCUGUACUACGAUUUCGCUCCCUUUAUUAAAGACAACCUAAGAGGCAUAGAUCAAGUGACGAACAAUAUAAACGGAAGUACCAUCGAUAUGAAAAACGUCAGGAAUAUGAAUCUCGUACAGACAGACAAAACGCAAUAUGCACCAAUUGAUCAUAAAAAUCUGAUAAAAAUAUUAUGCGGUACGUACUUAUUUUUAAAAAAGGAAAAUAUUUCCAUUGAUGAUAUUUUCAAAUUCACUUAUGCGAAUGAAGCUGUGAAGCACUUGCUCAUAAUUAUGUCCUUACUCAGAAUAGAGAAAAAAACUGGCCGAUACACAUGGAGAAAAUUCCUAACUUUGGAAAAAUUCCUAGAUCAAAGGGAAAGGAUUUAUAAAGCGCCCAUGAAGUAUUUGUACCUGAAAUUGUUAAAUGUGAAGAGGGUUUUUGGCUUCACCCGCAGGAAGUUGUUAAUGUCGUUAGGAAAGAAAAUUAAGGGAAAGAGAUUCAUGAACAUAUUAAGAUACACGGCAUUUUUCGAAAUUUUGGAAAACGCUGAAUCUAUUAAUUCGGUGUAUCCGUGGGUGUUCAUCAAAUUUGACGACAUCAUGAUGUUCUCUAAUGUCUUCCACAAAUUUAAAUUCCCUAUCAUAAGAUACACUUCGAGCCAAGAAACGGUCAGAACCAUGUUGAACAAUUUUAAACUCUCUCCAAACACCUCAAUAAAUAAUGAAGAAAUUAUUCUGCGAAUUUACAAUAUUAUAAAAUUAAUAAUAAAGAAAAAAUAUGACUACGAUUUGAAUGAACUUAGGAAAGACAAAAAAUACUUCGAUAUGCAUUCACAAAAUAAAAGUGAGCAUAUUCUAAACGAUAUAAAGAUGAAGCCAAUAGUGGAUCAAUACCUAUCUCAACUAAUUGGAUUCAUGAAAUUGUUAACAGAUAUGAGAUUUACCAACUUUUUAUUUUUGAGAAAUUUCUACGUCUUCAUAAAAUUCUAUGCAGUAACGGGAGAUUUAGAUUAUUCUAUGAACAGUUCUGUCUUCUACCUGGCGAGCAGAAAUUACUUAAACUUUAUCCUUAACUCUAUCAUCGAAUUUGAAAACUUUAAAAAGUUUAUGGAAAAAAUAAAAAGAAACAACAAUAUUAAGAAGUACCCGAUUGACCACUUCAACUUCCACACGGAAUGCUACGCAGUGGACGACAUAAAAACGUAUGUUUUCAUCCCCGAAGAUAAAGAAAAAAUAAACAAGUACUACCAAAUAAUGUCGUAUGAUAUUAGCAGCUUUUACAAAAACUACCUCUUAAUAGACCUAUUUUACGACGAUUUAGAUAUAAAAAAUUUAGACACCUAUUAUCAGAAAAUUGAAGAUGCAACUGAUUACAAUAUCGGUCCCACCUCAGACAUAUAUAUCCCUGGUGGAAGAAAAAGAAAUCGAGUCAUUUCAAACAACGAUGUUGAGAUGAUAAGCAAAACGGUGCAGAAUUAUAUUUAUCUGGAAAAGUUUCUCGACAAAACUAACAUACCAUCUAUCCCAUUUGGCGAUUUUAACAUCGCACGAGACGUAAAUGGAUUCAGCUUUAAUUUCACCAACAGAGCUACGACGCCACCUUUUUAUAAAGAAAAUAUUCUAGACCAAUUUGAUAUUAUCGGAAAAUCUAUCAUAGGAAAAUAUUACCAAAAGGUUAAGUGCUCUUUUGUUAACUACCCGUUCAAUUUGUACUACUGGUUGGUCUUGAAUCCGGGCAAACCUCGCAUCGAAACGGUAGGAAAUGUAGGCCUCAUUAAGGAAGCAGAUUUAAUGUCCAAAACGGACGAAGAAAAAGCAUUAGAACAGCAAAAGCUAGAUGAACAACUAGUAGAGGAUCUCUUUAAGGAAGAAGUGGAACCGGAGGAAGAUGUUCUCGAAGGGGACGAAAAUUGGGACGACACCACCGCAUCGGGAGCAGAUAUCACAGAGUCAGAAUUUGAGGAUGAUUUUGUCCACGUUGGAAAGGGUUCGAAGCAGGAUGAAGACUCCCUCUCCUAUGUGAGUGCCGCGUCUGAUUUGUCCACCGGGUCGUUCGAAAGCGUUGCUAGUGCAGCCUCCAAAGGGUCGACCACUACUGUUGGAAGUGCCUCCUCCAGGGCGUCCAACACAACUCUUGGAAGUGCCACCUCCAGGGGAUCCACCACUACACUUGGAAGUGCCUCAUCCAGCAGAAGCACCAUCCCAGGGUCGACAACAUCGAUGAACUUCCUACAAACGGACAGCAAAGAAGACGCCAAUUGGAAGCGAGGAAUUUUCCAAGCAACAAACGAAUCAGAAUCGAGAAAGAAGUCAAACCAAACAAACGACCUAAGCUUCCUGCAAAGAAGUGAAAUAAAUCCACUCCCAUUUGUCGACACCAUGAUACAUCAAAGAAGUAACACGAGUAAAGAAAACUAUGGGUAUUUCAACAGACCAUACAACAUGUAUGUUAAUAAGACAAACAUAUUUAGAAACUUCAGCGUGAUAAUGAAAAUUGUGCAUUCCAUAAUUUCGUUGAACAAAUUUUCUGUUGUUUCUCCGGUGGAGGUAAUCAAAAAGGGCCUCCAUAUUAUGAAGAUGAAAAAUAAAUUUUUAAAGAGCCACCAUUUGAAUCCAUUUAUCAACAAAAUGCUUCUCGACAUUAACGAUGUGGUGCAGAAGCUUAAAUCAAGUAGCGAAAAAGGAUUUAUAGGAUCCAGAACAGAUAUAAUAUCACUAUACAGAAUAGUAGAGUUCCAACUGUUCAAUGAAUUUGUAAUUUACCCACCAUUAAAAAGAUUGACGGAUAGGGAACUCCAUUAUGUGUUACAAGUCAUUAACGAAGGUUAUGCUUUCCACAUAAUGAAGGUAAAGAACAUGUUAAAGAGAGAACUUGUCGUGAAGGAAAAAAUUGUGCGUCUUCUAAACAAAUUUAAAGAGUACAGAGGUUUCUUUGACGAUACAGCCGUAGAUCGACUAGUACAGAUGUUCCAGGAAUCACUAGAUUGUAAAGAUAUAAAAUGUUUCGACCUCAUCUUCAACAACUUCAUUACACAUCGUUACAAUAACAUAAUAAUGCACGUAACCAACAGUAGUGAAACAUUUAAUGUACUAGGAGCAAUAUUUAAAAAUGCUGAAGCCCUGGCGGAGGUACGCGUACAGGUACAUGAAACAUACAUCGAACCAUCCAGAAGACAAAAUAUGUAUCAAAAUUUUCAGCUAGAAAGUAAUGUCGUUUUACACCCCAAAUUAACAUAUAACGAAUUACUAUUCAGUUCACUUGAGUUAUCCAAAAAAAUAGAACUAUGGAAUUCUAUGUAUACCUUAUUUAACAUAAGACAUUUAUAUGUCAAUAUUGGUUACCUCCUCCUCGGUUUUAAAUAUCAUAUGAAGCGAUCCCACAAAAUUUUCCUUCACACUUUUAAGUUCCUUGGAUGGCUCAGGAAGAAUAAAAGAGAUGAAAUAUACAUUCCAUGA